AUGAUGCAUGUUGCUUUUGCCACGCUGUCUUUCACAUAUCCCUGGUAUAGGGUCGGAGAGAUCACAAGUUCAACAUCUUCUCUUUUUAACGGUGGAAAAACAUUCAUGAUCGGACCUUUACUUUUGCUCCGAGAUCUGGCAAACCUGGGAUUGUCCCCUCACGAGAAAAGAACAUUAGCUUCAUACAGCAAAGGCUUGACACUUUUCAUUACUACAUAUCAGUGCUUCAAGUUCACUAGCGCACGCGCUCCUUUCUUCGUUUCGCACGCUUGGAUCUACCGAGACUCGGACAGAUGA